UUGUCGGUUUCCUAGUUUUUUCUUAGGAGUCCAAGACUGGUUGAUUGGUGGUUAAAUCAUGGAAAGAACACAGCCGAAGAUAUCCGAGCUGGAGAGUGCUAUUCGACAGUUGGAUUCUGUGAAGAAACAUCUGUACUACACAUCAUCCCAGAUAAAGUCUUCGAUCCACUCGUCAAUCAGUCGCCACCUGGAGGCGCUGCGUAACCGCGAGGUGUGGCUGCUCAGUCAGGUUGACUUGGUGCUCAGCGCGAAGGAGGAAGUUCUUCAGCAGCAGCAGGCUCGACUCAACAAGACGUUCGGCAUCUUGCAGAGUUCACUCGCACUGUCCGAGGAUGGCGAGGGCUUCGAAACGAGACUGGCUGACAAACUUUGCACUCUGGACCUGAGUGAUCUGAAACCCGAGGAGACGCCGUACCUGUCAUUCUGUGCCGACCAAGUGGGUCUGCGCGAAGCCAUCCUCAACUACGGUCGCAUUGACGCCAACGGCAUCCCGCUGCAGACGGCGUUCAUUGACGAGGAGAACGCAUCGACAUGCAUGCCGGGUCACUUCGAGGACUACGAGGACGCCGACCACCACAUCUUCUACAAGACCAUUGAGGAGAUCAACUGUGCACAGAGACCGUCCGGCGGGAUAAGAGUGAACAUCCCCAGACUGUCGAAUCGUGCUAAAGACUGGCUAUACCAGCCGCCUGGCUGUAAAACCGUAUCCACGGCAACCGUUCCGAAGUUCUCGUUCCCGGCUUUCAGCACAGACCCACGAGACUGGGUCCCAUCCGCCUCGGGAAAAGAAUCAUCGCCCAGGAUGUACGGAGAUUCGUGUAUUCAGAACUGGCUCAGUCAGAUUCAGCAGAGCCCAGCAUUCGAGGAGGAUGACGACUUCGAAAUCGUCGGAAGCUCAUUGGGAGAACGAACGCCACCCGUCAUGGACAAGCCUGUGUUUGAGGCAUUCCCACUGACGACGAAAGCGAUGUGGCUGAAGCCGUCGUACCCCGAUCCCAAUCAGGAGAAGUGGAACGAGGCCGCAGUGAAGUGGUUCCAGCACAUCCCCAGUGACACGGAGGUGUGGCUCGCCAAGGGAAGGAAAAAGAUGGAACAGAAAGCAGCAGAAGGGGAUGUUAAUAAUUCAUGGUCAAAUGAGCAAGAAAAACCCAGCGAGAUUUCGUCCAUCAUGGAAACAUUCUUCAAGGAGCUUCCAGAAAGCUGGUUGAAAGGAGAAAAGUCGAAGACAAAAUCCAGCUUCAAUGGUAAAGUCAAAGCACUGGAUGAAGACUGCCCUUCUAAGCCAUAUUGGUUUCCUCUGCACCAUGCUGCUGGUAAUACAGAGUGGCUCAAACAAGGUCGCAGAAACUUUGGCAUGAAGGAACAAUCUGAUGGGUCAACCGCGUCAUUCUUCCAGCCACUGCAUUUGGAGAAAAAGAAAUGGAUAAGCUCUGCCAUUGACGAAGCUAAGAAUAUUCCAUGUCGACAUGACUUCAGGUUCUUCAGUAUGCUGUCGAUGAAUUCUUCUGAUUGGCUCAAACAGUGUCAGUCGGGAUUGAAUAAAAAUAACCCGGGUAUGACGUCCUUUAAGUUUCACUUUGAUAAUGGCAGUUCAGAUGGGGCUCAGUGGUUAAUGACUGGUGAUUUCCCACCAGAUUCAGGGACCACCCCAGAAUGUCAUACAUGGAAGGUCGUCCAAAACAUGCAUAAGAAAAUGUCCGACGCCGACUGGUUGCUAAAAGUGCAGGAUCUAGAGGUUGGCGUGGAUGUGAAAAUUGAAAAAGAUACGUCCGACCUUGACCUCUGGAACCUGUGUAACCAUGACAACCAGAACGAUAAGCUUAGCACAGAAGACCAGUCCUCUGAGUCGAGUUUGGAUCACUGGUUGCUGUAGGUUGCACAACUUGUAUUUGAGUGCUAUAUCUACACGGCAAUGUAAUCUUAGGAUAGAUCAUGGAAAAUCGGCUUGUUUUAAUGUAAUUUCUGAGGAAAUCAAACUGACACUUGGGGUUUGGGUUUUUGGCUUUAGUUUUAUUUACAGUGAAAUAAUCUUGGUGCUACAUUAGCAGCUUAUUCAGAAUUAAUUGUUAUAUUUAAUCAGAAUUUGUUUUGUUUUUAAUUUUAUAUUAAUUAAAAAAAAGAAGUUUUGAUUGGUAAGGUCGGUUGCUGUACUAAUUAAAAAUUUAGUUCAAUUUUCAUUAUUUGAAUCUUCUGUUUUUGUGCAAAAUAAGUAAUUAAAUUAAUUACAUUAAUAUUCAAUACUAAACAGCAAUGGAAAUGGAUGAUGUUUUAAUAUCCUGCAGAAUUUUAAAGUUUGCAUUUAAUGUUGAAACUUAAAGGAUGUUAUAGUCUGUGGUUGUAUGUAAACAUUUAGCUGACUUGUAUUCUGUUAUUUUUAUUUCUAAGUACAACUUGAAUGCAGUGUUAGAUUGUGUUAAUCCUUGAAAAUUGUUUGAAAUGAACAAAGAAAUUUGUCAAUAAUCAGUUUUUCUGGGACAGUAGUGACUCAAAUGAAUAAUGAAAUUUGUUAGUAUCGAAUGGACAUUCAUAUUUGAUGUGAUUAAAUUAGAAUUUGUUAAUGACAAGUUUUGAUUGAACCAUUUUGACAGGUCAGCUGCAAUUGAAAUGAAUAAAUGUGAUUGGUUGACAAUAAAUUGAAACAUAUUUUUUGUGAUGUUCAAACUAAGUGAUGCAAUAAUUUGUUACUAAAGGCUGUGAUUGAUGUAUAUUGUAUUUUGAGAGGGCAUUUGUUAUAAAAUGGAAUGAGUAUUUUUGUCUAUACUUGUAAUUUUAGCAUUGCAUUUAAUCUAUUGUGAAAUAUGUUGAUAUUAACACUUUUAUUAUACACAAAAUUAUUCAAAAAAAUGUUUCUUAUGACAAUGAUCAUCCUUUAUGAAAUAGUCUUGCCAUAUUUUUAAUGUUCACACAUAAUAUAUAAUAUAUUAAAGUUAUCAAACACACACACGGAAAUAUAUAAUAUAUUAAAGUUAUCAAACACACACACACGGAAAUAUAUAAUAUAUUAAAGUUAUCAAACACACACACACGGAAAUCCAAAGUUCAGGGAUAUGUUUGAAAUUAGAUGUGAAAUGAACAAUAAAAGAGAAAGCUGUUUAUUUCAGACAAAGCAUCUGAAAAUUCUUUUCUAAUUCAGUAAUAAAAUACAGACGGCUGCACCCUUGACCAUUAGAUGGAGAACAUUAAAUGGUUAAUAAUUGAUGUUUGCAUCUUUCUCUAGAAAUAAAAAUAUCAACAAUCCUCAGUGGAAAAUAUUUUAGAUAUAUUAAAAAAAAACAAAAACAAAUGAGCUAACUUCGAGUUAAUUUUAUAUUUAAUUUCAAAUAUGUUAAGGUGUUUUUUGGUGCAUUGUGUUUGCUUUCUGAUCUGGUACGCAGUGUUCUGUAAUACACAAAUCAGUUAAAUGUGUAUGUGAGUUUUCUUCUGUUCAGUAAGUGCACAUAUUUUGGAGAUACUCUUAAAUGUUUGUUAACAUGUACUGCUGAUAAUUGUGUUUUUAUUUCUUCUUUUUCAACAAAAUAUGUUGGCUUACUCCGGCUUAUCUUAAAGCUUUGAUUGUAAGACUUAAAUAGUUUUUAUCAGUAUUUGGCUUCAAGUUAAUAUAGGACUUGCUAUCUGUACUAUAAGGGGCUGUUCAACAAUUACAUGUAUGAUGCAAAACUGUUGUCUUUUUUAUGAGUAUUUAGCCUCAUGUUAAAAUAGGACUUAGUUUCAAUUUAUUUAAUCUGUGCUAUGAUAAAACUGUUUUUGGUGAGCUCAUUGGGCUCUUUCCCAUUCCAGGCAGUGCACCACAACUGGUGUAACAAAGGCAGUAGUAUGUACUCUCCUGUCUGUGGGAUAGUGCAUAUAAAAGAUCCCUUGCUGCUAAUAAAAAAAGAGUAGCCCAUGAAAUGGUGACAGCAGGUUUCCUCUCUCAGUAUCUGUCUUUAACCAUGUCAGAUGCCAUAUAACCAUAAAUAAAAAGUGUUGAGUGCGUCGUUAAAUAAAACCUUUCCUUUCUUCCCGUCACAUAAUUUGACCAAUGUCAAUUAAAAAUAAUCAGUUAAAGAACAUAAUAGCUGAUACUAGAAGCUGUUUAUUUAAUUACUAAAAAUGAGACAUUGUUUUAUAAAUGCUAUGUAACCCUUGCAAAACACCUGCCUUCCUCCUCCAUAACAUUUUAUAAGACAUCCCAUCAUAAACCCCCCCCCCCCCCACCUAAGCGUUUUAUAAUUGUUGAACCACCCCUAAUGGAUUUACUUAAUAGUGUAUGGCUUUUAUUUAUUGUGCUAUUUUUGUUUUUGUUUCAAUUUUUAUUGAUUAAAUUUAAUGUUUUAUAUUAUGUAAACUUUGAUUAACUUGAAAUAAAAUAAGAUUUUAACGCCA